AUAUAUCUUACAACUGCUGCUAAGGUUUUAAUUUGGUAGGGUUAUAAACAAUGGCCAACUACAGUAGAUAUCAGAACACGUCCGUCUUCAACCAAACAGAAACACUGUUCACCAACUGCUACUAUCCACAUGAUUCUGGGGUACUGGUGCUUCUUUUCGGGGUUCUGGUCUCGCUCGCAGGAGUUCUUGGUAACAUCACCGUUUGUCUUGUCUUCUUUGCAACACCAUCUUUGAGAACAUGCUCCCGGUUUAUUGUUGUAAACCUCUGCGUUGCGGAUUUCUUAACGUCAGCUUUUGGAGUUCCUCUGGAAGUAGCAUGGGUAUAUCUACGUUCUGUGUACAAGGCUUGUCUCUCUGAGGAACUGUUAUAUGCCAGAAGAUGUGUGAUCAGUUUUAGCUCGGCAGCAUCUUUGCUCACCCUUGGGUUAGUGAGUAUCGAGCGCUUUAUUGUUAUUUUCUGGCCAUUGAAGCACAAAGAUAUUAUCUCCACUCCCAGAUGUGUUGUUCUCAUGUCGUUAGGUUGGUUUGGUUGUAUUAUCUAUGGAAUCUUCGCAGGUUUCGAAUCACACCGAAAGGAAACUUCAAUAUUCGCCGUGGCUGCAACAAUUCAUUGCUUUUUACUGGUCCUUGUCUGCUAUUCUUGCAUAUUCUUAAGGAUACUACGACAAAACAAAAUUCGCGUGUCUCUGAACGUCCAUCAAAAUCACCUGCACUCACUAGAAAAGAAAAUGUCUACGACUCUAGCCUUGAUAAUAGUCGUGUAUGGCAUAUGUUAUCUACCUUACACUGUUGUACGAUUAACACAACAAAUGAACAAACCUGAACGAGAAUGGUUUCUUAUUCUCGCUCUCUCCCACUCCGCUUUUGAUCCAUUCAUCUACUUCUUCCGAUCUGGCGAGUACAGAAAAGCUUAUGUGGAAAUUUUGCACAAGAUUUUUCCAAAAAGAAACAGAGUAAACUUUGAAUCUAAUGAUCUUCAAAUUCCAAAGCCUGCUGUAUCAACGCGCGCGAAACAAGAGCCGAACUGAUGAUCAGUUGCUGGAAAAUGAUGAUAUGAAGGACUUGGAAUCGGACGGGUUGAAGGUACUUACACCGAUUCCAACCUCUUGACAACGUUUGCGGGAGAUUGUGAAAUUACACGUCAG